CUUCCUAUCACUUCAGUUAGCCUGUGAUGUAAGUUGCGAGUCUUGCCUGCACCCUUUUUUUCCCCACAAAGGCAUUGACUAAUUCUCGGGCAGCACAGUGCAGAUGGAGACACUUCAGUGGACAUGUCUCCUGGGGCUCUUGUCCGUCCGAGCAGCACCUUCCUGGUCAGAAACACCUAUGGUCUCACAGAGCCCAAAAGCAAUUUCUCUUCUCAAGGUGCAUUCCACAGCUGAGAUAAGAUGUAAAUCCACCCUGCAUGACCCAGUUGGGCUCUACCUAAAGAGGCGCUUCUCCGAUGAUAAGCAAGUGCUGUAUUUGUCAGUUCCUAAGCUGCUCCUGACAUUUGGUAGAGGUUACGAACACAGGGUCUCUAUGACUGGCAAAUGCUGCAACUUUACCUUCCAAAUGUCACAGCUAAUGAUGGAUGACACAGAUGGCUACUAUUGCAGCUGGACACAGUUUGAUGUCAAAACAAAGGAAAUUACAGUCUACAAAAGCAAGGAAACCAUCAUCAUUGUCAGAGAUCCCAACGAGAACUGCAGCAGAAACAGCACCAUGGAAGGCAUCUUCUUCAUCCUGAGCCUGCCAGUGUUAGUAAUCGUAGUCAGCGUCAUCAUCGGAGCGGCAGUUUCGUACUGUACCAGGACUAAAGUGUACAGACCGGCAAAGGUACACCAGCACAGGCAACUGCUGUGUCCCCACCACAGUGACCAGCAGAGCCACAGCAGAAAAUUGAGAACAGAGAACCAGAACUGCACUUAGGAGGAAGCAGGAACAGCUAAAAACUCCUAUCUUCACUUCAAUGUCUCAAACAUGUGACUUUCUGUUCUCUUUCUUUUUUUUCUUUUUUUUUUUAACUAAAGUUAGUCUCUCCGUGUGCGCGCGUAUCUUAGCACAGGAAAAGGGGAUGGGGGGGCGGAUGUGAUGUCAGCUGUCUUUUGAUGUUUGAAAAGCAAAGUGCACAUUUAUUAGAAGCUAUGUACAUGCAUUACCUCAUAUGUGUUCUACUUUCAGUUAUCACAUGUAAAAAAUAAACA